AAUCCCUGCUGUUGUUGUCGGAGCCUCCACGGUGGGACGGAGGGGCUGAUGCCGUGUGGAUCCGUGUGGGAUGAUGUCAUGUACCGCCGCGCCCCACGUGGGGCCGCCGCUCUCCGAUAGGCAGAUGUGGUCGUGGUCCUUCCGAGUAAUGCGAUUGGACAGAUAGGGCGCUUUCACGGCAGUUCAGCCCUGCUGCCUGUGUGUGGCAACCGGGGUAAAGCUGGACAACUGGGGGGAAAUGCGAGAUUGUGGAGAGUACCAUGUUACGCUUUUAAAGAAGCUCUUCGAGUCAGAAGACAGAUUUUUGGGAGCAUAUAUAUUUAUAUAUAUUUUUUUUUCCUCUUUUUUUUGGGAUUAACCAGCCACAGAAGGCGACCGUUCCUCGGAGGAUCUCGGCUGAAGAAUAAAGUAGUUUAAUCGAGCCCGACCGCACCGAACCCCCCACCCCCUCCCCCAGUCUGGCUGGGUGCGUUCAGGGGAGCGAGGAUGCUUGUCGAGAACUGCGUCCACAUUACGAGGGAUUAAACGCAUGAAUUAUAGCCUUCUGUGUUUUUUCUUCGGGAACGGAGGUCGGACGGACGGUUGGGACGCGCGUUUCGGGAUUUUCACAACCUUUGCCCCCACCCGACUCCAGCCCUGUCUGCGGAGACUUGUGGGGCUGUGAGCACAUUUCAACCGUUUCGCCAAAGGACCUGCACCCUGGAGAGAUAAACAAAGAAAACAUUUCAAGAUGUAUCCACAAGGCCGACAUCCGGCUCCACAUCAGCCUGGACAGCCUGGCUUCAAAUUCACCGUAGCAGAGUCUUGUGACCGAAUUAAAGAUGAAUUUCAGUUCCUGCAAGCCCAGUAUCACAGUCUUAAGGUGGAGUAUGACAAGCUGGCCAAUGAGAAGACGGAGAUGCAGCGCCACUAUGUCAUGUACUAUGAGAUGUCCUACGGGUUGAACAUAGAAAUGCACAAACAGACGGAGAUUGCCAAACGGCUCAAUGCAAUUUUAGCUCAAAUCAUGCCUUUCCUGUCACAAGAGCACCAACAGCAGGUUGCUCAGGCAGUGGAAAGAGCUAAGCAGGUGACUAUGACUGAGCUGAAUGCAAUCAUCGGGGUACGUGGACUUCCCAAUCUGCCUCUCACCCAGCAGCAGCUCCAGGCGCAGCACCUCUCCCAUGCUGCUCACGGGCCUCCGGUCCAGCUGCCGCCCCACCCCUCGGGUCUGCAGCCACCUGGCAUCCCCCCUGUGACGGGCUCUGGAUCGGGCCUGCUGGCGCUCGGCGCUCUUGGCAGCCAAGCCCACCUCCCGGUGAAGGAUGAGAAGAACCACCACGAUCUGGAACACAGAGAGAGCACGAAUAACUCGAUAUCCCCAUCGGAAAGCUUACGAACGGCCAGCGAGAAGCACCGCAGCUCCUCUGACUACAGUUUGGACUCUAAAAAACGUAAAGUGGAAGAGAAAGACAGCGUGAGCAGAUAUGACAGUGAUGGGGAGAAGAGUGAUGACUUGGUGGUCGACGUUUCUAAUGAGGAUCCUGCCACUCCACGGGCGAGCCCAGCACACUCGCCACCUGAAAAUGGCAUUGAUAAGCCACGCCCACCCAAGAAGGACACACCCAACAGCCCUGCGUCGGUGGCGUCCUCGGGGAGCACGCCGUCCUCCAAGGCCAAGGAGCUCAGUCAUAAUGACAAAUCCUCCACGCCCGGCCUCAAAUCCAACACCCCCACCCCUCGAAACGAUGCCCCUACCCCUGGCACCAGCUCCACUCCUGGGCUCAGACCCAUCCUGGGCAAACCACCAGGCAUGGAGGCCCUCGCAGCACCAGCUUUACGCACCCCUCUGUCCAUCGCGGGCUCCUAUCCCACCCCCUUUGCCAUGAUGGGCCAUCAUGAAAUGAAUGGAGGCCUGACGAACCCCGGGGUGUACGCUGGUCUGCACAUCUCCCCUCAGAUGAGUGCUGCGGCGGCUGCAGCUUACGGACGCUCGCCCAUGGGGUUUGAUCCUCACACCCACAUGAGAGCCCCCGGCCUCCCAGCCAGCCUCACAUCCAUUUCUGGCGGCAAACCAGCGUACUCCUUCCAUGUCAGCGCUGACGGCCAGAUGCAGCCUGUGCCCUUUCCACCCGAUGCCCUCAUCGGGCCCGGUAUCCCACGCCACGCCCGUCAGAUCAACACCCUGAGCCACGGUGAGGUGGUGUGCGCCGUUACCAUUAGCAACCCCACACGUCAUGUCUACACUGGUGGCAAAGGCUGUGUCAAAAUCUGGGACAUCAGCCAACCUGGCAGCAAGAGUCCCGUGUCCCAACUGGACUGUCUGAACAGGGAUAACUACAUCCGCUCCUGUAAGCUGCUGCCUGAUGGUCGCACAUUGAUUGUUGGAGGCGAGGCCAGCACGUUGACCAUCUGGGAUCUGGCCUCUCAGACGCCCCGCAUCAAAGCCGAGCUCACCUCUUCGGCCCCAGCGUGCUACGCCUUGGCGAUCAGCCCCGAUGCCAAAGUCUGCUUCUCCUGCUGCAGCGAUGGAAACAUCGCCGUUUGGGACCUGCACAACCAGACUCUUGUUAGACAGUUCCAGGGUCAUACGGAUGGUGCGAGCUGUAUUGACAUAUCCCACGAUGGCACUAAACUGUGGACGGGUGGUCUCGAUAACACUGUUCGCUCUUGGGAUCUGAGGGAGGGUCGCCAGCUACAGCAGCAUGAUUUCACCUCACAGAUCUUCUCCUUAGGCUACUGUCCAACGGGGGAGUGGCUCGCUGUGGGCAUGGAAAGCAGCAACGUGGAGGUUCUGCAUCAUUCGAAGCCCGACAAAUAUCAGCUACACCUCCACGAGAGCUGCGUCCUCUCCCUCAAGUUCGCCUACUGUGGUAAAUGGUUCGUAAGCACUGGGAAGGACAAUCUGUUGAAUGCUUGGAGGACUCCGUACGGCGCCAGCAUAUUCCAGUCCAAGGAGUCCUCAUCUGUUCUCAGCUGUGACAUCUCAACAGAUGACAAGUAUAUUGUGACAGGCUCUGGUGACAAGAAGGCCACCGUGUAUGAAGUGAUCUAUUAGAGCAGACUACUUUUGGAUCGGAGCAUGUUUGUGCUCCGGAACAGUGGACUCUUCCUGCAUCCAUCUCCCCUCACACAGACAGCGUGGAUGUUGCCUGCAGCCCUGGGGUGGAUGGGAAGGAAGUUUGGCAGUGCCAGACUGAAAUGGAUGGCGGCGGAGCUGCUCUGGCUCUGGAUUCUGUGUCAUCCAGCUCUGCCCUUCCUCACUUACACAACACUUGUACAGCGAGUGCAGUUUCCCAAGGCACUAAGAAGAAAAUAAUAUCUUGCUGUUUUUUUUCUGUUUUUGUUGGAUAUUUCUUUUUUUAAUUCUUCCUUUUUGAUGUGGAGAUAAAGUUCCAUGACACGACUAGAAGCGGUGCUUCGCUCUGGAGCUUUUCCUCGGAGGUCCUGUGAAAAGUGUACAUAAUGGAGUAAUAAAUGGCCUUUUAUAGAUUUAUAUUUUGGUGUCCAGUUACGCUUGUGAUGGUUCUUUCUUGUUUUCUCCGUGAUUUUCUGUCCCCUCUGGGGAUGGAAAUUAGAUUAGGACAUUGUAAGAGGAUAUUCUAUUCCUGUUUUUUUUUUUUUUUUUCCCUCCUUUUUUUUUCUGUCCAUGUUCAUUGUCCAGAAUGACCUUUUCGGAAAUCUAAUUUGGAUUUUUUUUUUCUCCACCCUGGAAACGGCUUCUUUUUUUUUUUUUUUUUUUCCUUGCUAUCUACGAUAACUCAGACGUUCGCCCCCUCGUGGAUUUUAGCAGCAGAACUCUGGAAUGCCCUUUUUUCCCAGACUUGGAGGAUGGACAAGUGGCUUUUUCCAGGUUCAUCGACCCAUUGGUCCUGGUCAGCAGAAACCCAGCUCUGACAUGAAGCUCGGUCACUGAAUAUAAUAUCACGAUGGAUCACUAGUAACUGGAGGACCGGCGGUCCCACAAAGAAGCAGCUGUGACUUGAGCUCAGUCUGUUGACACAACUAUUGUAUUAAAAUUCAUCGCUCCGCCGAGCAAAGUCAUCAGUCUAUACGAGUUAAUUAUUGCCUUUCUUGUUUUGACGGCCUGUGACUGAUAUGCGAGGCUCACGUGGUUCCACGCGAAGGUGGCAGGCAAAGCAAUUACCACAUCUGACAUUUUGAGUAUGAUGUUUGCUUUCUUCAGUAUUUUGGCGAGUUCCAUCACGGUCUUCUCAUGCAGUAAUUCUCUCUUCAUAAAAACAAGUUAAAGUGUGUAGCAUACACGUGUCCUCACCCGUGCAGAUUGUACAGUCAGCAGUUGUUGAUAAAUAAACUGUUUUUCUAUAAAAACCUA